AUGGCAGGACCAACUCUCCCGGAUUACGAUACGUAUGAAUCAUCGCAGCUUACGAGACUCUGUAUGGACCAUGGCUGGCCAGUGAGUGAGGACACCCCGCGUCAUGAGAUGAUCAAAUUCAUCGUGCGCAGAUACGAGCAGAACGAAGGCAAGAAGGCAGGGGCGCUUCCGAAAUUUAAUGCGGACAAUGAUCGAGAUGGCCUCAACCGUAGAGAAUGGAUUGAAGGGUUCAACAAGGUCUAG